CGGGGUCCGGUUAGGGAUGGGUCACUGUUUUGUGAAGCUCAACAAGCUGGAUAAAGCUCGCUUGGCCUUCGGACGUGCGCUGGACCUGAACCCCAAAUGUGUCGGGGCCCUGGUGGGUUUGGCUGUUCUGGAACUCAACAACAAGGAGGCGGAUUCCAUCAAAAAUGGGGUCCAGCUCCUGUCCAAAGCCUACACCAUCGACCCCAGCAACCCCAUGGUGCUCAAUCACCUGGCCAAUCACUUCUUCUUCAAGAAGGAUUACAGUAAGGUUCAGCAUUUGGCUCUCCAUGCGUUUCACAACACCGAGGUGGAGGCCAUGCAGGCGGAGAGCUGCUACCAGCUGGCCCGGUCGUUCCAUGUACAGGAGGAUUACGAUCAGGCCUUCCAGUAUUACUACCAGGCCACGCAGUUUGCCGCCGCCUCCUUCGUGCUGCCGUUUUUCGGUCUGGGGCAGAUGUAUAUCUACAGAGGGGACAAGGAGAAUGCCGCUCAGUGCUUCGAGAAAGUCCUCAAGGCUUAUCCCAACAACUACGAGACCAUGAAGAUCCUGGGGUCCCUGUAUGCCGCCUCCGAGGACCAGGAGAAGAGGGACAUCGCAAAGAGUCAUCUGAAGAAGGUCACAGAGCAGUACCCGGAUGAUGUGGAGGCCUGGAUCGAACUGGCGCAGAUCUUGGAGCAGACGGAUAUUCAGAAUGCACUCUCCGCCUACGGCACAGCCACACGGAUCCUGCAGGAAAAGGUGCAGGCGGACGUCCCCCCGGAGAUCCUGAAUAACGUUGGGGCUCUUCACUACCGCCUGGGCAACCUUGGGGAAGCAAAGAAAUAUUUCUUGGCUUCCCUGGAUCGCGCUAAAGCAGAAGCCGAACACGACGAACAUUACUACAGCGCCAUUUCCGUCACCACAAACUACAACCUGGCCAGACUGUACGAGGCGCUGUGCGAAUUCCACGAAUCCGAGAAACUGUACAAGAACAUCCUGAGGGAACAUCCCAACUAUGUAGACUGUUACUUGCGUCUUGGAGCGAUGGCCAGAGACAAGGGGAAUUUCUAUGAAGCUUCUGAUUGGUUUAAAGAGGCUCUUCAGAUUAACCAGGAUCACCCGGAUGCUUGGUCCUUGAUCGGAAACCUCCAUUUGGCCAAGCAGGAGUGGGGCCCCGGCCAGAAGAAGUUUGAGAGGAUCCUGAAGCAGCCGUCCACCCAGAACGACACCUACUCCAUGUUGGCGCUGGGCAACGUGUGGCUGCAGACGCUGCACCAACCCACCCGAGACCGGGAGAAGGAAAAGCGUCACCAGGAUCGCGCUCUGGCCAUCUAUAAGCAGGUGCUCCGGAACGACUCCAAGAACCUGUAUGCAGCAAAUGGCAUCGGGGCCGUAUUGGCGCACAAGGGUUACGUGCGAGAAGCCCGCGACGUCUUCGCCCAGGUCAGAGAGGCGACUGCGGAGAUCAGCGACGUGUGGCUCAACCUGGCCCAUAUCUAUGUGGAGCAGAAGCAAUACAUCAGCGCAGUUCAGAUGGUAGGUUAAGGAAGCGCUCCGCAUGUCUGGGCCGCA